GGCGCCUGCGCCUUGGCUGCCGGUUGGUUGCUGGGUAACCGCGUCAGGGAGGAGCCGAUUCCACUCUGCAAGGGCACGGAGACCCACAGCGACAGUUGUCCCCAAAGAACCCCUGAGAUUGGGAAUUGAAGUGAAAGAGAAUCCGGAUUUCCUGUGCAUGAUUGAGGGAACGGACAGUCUUCUUGUCCUCAGGCGAGGGAGCGUUUUGUAGGUGCUCCAGGAGUUGAGGUGCUUCCUGCUUCUUUGAAGAUGCCCCACAAACAGCCGCCUCAUAAGCAGAGCUUCACCAUGGGAAGAGGAGCCAGGAAGAAAGAUGAAGAUUCAGGGACCGAUGUAGGGGAAGGGACAGAUGAAUGGGCCCAGUCCAAAGCCACAGUUAGACCCCCUGACCAGCUGGAUUUGACUGAUGCGGAGCUAAAGGAGGAGUUCACCCGGAUUCUGACAGCCAACAAUCCACACGCACCCCAGAACAUUGUCAGGUACAGCUUCAAAGAAGGCACGUAUAAGCUAAUUGGCUUUGUGGACCAACUGGCAGUUCACUUCAGCCAGGUCGGGAACCUGAUCCCCAAGGACUCGGAUGAAGGCCGGCGACAGCACUACCGUGAUGAGUUAGCAGCAGGUUCUCAGGAGUCCGUCAAGGUGGUGAUUUCAGAAACGGAAAUCCUUGAAGAAGAAGAAGAGCCCAAGGAAGCCGAAGCUGGGAGUCAGACAGAUGUGCCUACUGCUGAGGCAUCUGAGAAAGUGGCUGAAGAAGAACUGAUAACUCCUAAGCAGCCCAAGGAGCGAAAGCUCACCAACAAGUUCAACUUCAGUGAGAGGGCGUCACAGACCUUCAACAACCCCCUCCGGGACCGAGAAUGCCAGAUGGAGCCUCCUCCCAGGACAAACUUUUCAGCCACAGCCAAUCAGUGGGAGAUCUAUGAUGCCUACGUAGAAGAGCUUGAGAAGCAGGAAAAGACCAAGGAGAAGGAGAAGACGAAAACCCCGGUGGCUAAAAAAAUGGGGAAGAUGGCCAUGAGGAAGAUGACAUCUAUGGAGUCUCAGAGUGAUGACAUCACCAAAGUGACCCAAGCUGCUAAAAUCGUGGAGCGGAUGGUCAACCAGAACACCUACGAUGAUGUUGCUCAAGAUUUUAAGUACUACGAGGAUGUUGCUGAUGAAUACCGGGACCAGGAGGGUACGCUGCUGCCUCUCUGGAAGUUCCAAAAUGACAAAGCCAAGCGGCUGGCCGUCACCGCCCUCUGCUGGAAUCCAAAGUAUAAUGAUCUGUUUGCAGUGGGAUAUGGCUCCUAUGACUUCAUGAAGCAGAGCCGGGGCAUGCUGCUGCUCUACAGCAUGAAGAACCCCAGCUUUCCCGAGUACAUCUUCAGCAGCGAGAGCGGCAUCAUGUGUCUGGACAUACACGUGGACCACCCCUACCUGGUGGUGGUGGGCCACUACGACGGCAACGUGGCCAUUUACAACCUCAAGAAACCCCACUCCCAGCCGGCCUUCCGCAGCUCAGCCAAGUCUGGCAAGCACACGGACCCCGUGUGGCAGGUCAGGUGGCAGAAGGAUGACAUGGACAACAACCUUAACUUCUUCUCAGUGUCAUCUGAUGGAAGGAUCGUGUCUUGGACGCUUGUGAAGAGCGAGCUGGUUCACACCGAAGUCAUCAAGCUGAAGGUGGAGGGCAGCAGCUCGGAAAGUCUCGAGGGCUUACAGAUCCACACAGUGGGCUGUGGCACCGCCUUUGACUUCCACAAAGAGAUAGACUACAUGUUCCUAGUGGGCACAGAAGAAGGGAAAAUCUACAAGUGCUCUAAAUCCUACUCCAGCCAAUUUCUGGACACCUACGAUGCCCACAACAUGGCAGUGGAUGCUGUGUCCUGGAACCCGUACCACACCAAGGUCUUCAUUUCCUGUAGCUCCGACUGGACGGUGAAGAUCUGGGACCACACUGUCAAAACCCCGAUGUUCAUCUAUGACCUAAAUUCGGCCGUGGGCGACGUGGCCUGGGCGCCAUACUCUUCCACUGUGUUUGCGGCAGUCACCACCAAUGGGAAGACCCACGUGUUUGACUUGUCCAUCAACAAAUACGAGGCCAUCUGCAGCCAGGCCGUGGUGGCCAAAAAGAAGAACAAGAUCACCCACGUGCAGUUCAACCCCAUCCACCCCAUCAUCAUCGUGGGCGAUGACCGUGGGCACGUCACCUGCCUCAAGCUCUCACCCAACUUGCGAAAGAUGCCCAAGGAAAAGAAGGGGCAGGAAGUGCAGAAGGGUCCAGCCGUGGAAAUCGCAAAAUUGGACAAACUGCUGAACCUGGUGAGGGAAGUGAAAACCAAGACCUGAGGGCCUGGCCUAUUUCUUGAACCUGGUACUGGUAGCCCCUGACCUUGGCACCCCCUCCCAGCCUGAGCACCCAGUCUGUGUGUGACCCCAUCCCUGAUCAGAUCCCAGCAUCUGCCCUCAGUGGCCUGCUCCAGCCCUGGUCCCAGCACCUCACCCCAGGGCUUGGCCCUCAACCCCCAUUACCCCCUCCCACUGUGCCCAAAUAAACCUGUGUCUGGAAGCCCA